CAAAAAACUAGAUUGGACUAAACUGGACUGUUACAUUUCCAACAACAAAUUAGGCUCUCCCCUACGGGCCUUUGACCCCUUGCUAUAUCAUAUAAUCCAGCAACAAGACAGCUAUCUACGCUCAACCUUUUGUGAGUGAUAUCUGUGACUAUGAUGAUGAAGCUUCCAGCUUUGUUGUUGUUGCUCCUGUUGCCCCUGUCCUCGGCCAGUCUUCAGGACAUUGUGAAGAAAAGCUCACAGCACAGAAAUGUCUCCGUGAACCUAGCUCCAGAGGACAGGAUUCCUGAAAUCACCUCUAAGAGAACAAUGUCAACAGAUGAAUUUCUUCCUUCUUCUGCUAUGUUGAGACAGAAGAGACAGACCACCUCCUUUUGUAAUAGUGAAUACCUCCAAUGGAUGACAUGGACUGGCAGUCUCCCUGGUGGAUAUGUGGGGAUUUCCAACAGUGAUGGUGAUUACACUUACGUCUGCAAAUACAAUUGUCAUGCCGGUUUCUACAACCCUAAUUACGGUCCUUAUUGCCACUACCCCUAUGCAGACAAAGAGGUGAGAGGUGAACCAUUUGAUAUCCUGGUGAACAAAGACAACUUUGAGAUCUUGGAGUGGCAGGACGGUUCCUAUGGUUCAGUGCCUCAACAUUCAGUCAGAACGUGUUGGGAUUAUGAUAUAUAUGUUGGUAAGAACAAGUACGGUCUUGGGAAGGUACAUGUUAGGAAUGAGGCCUUCUUCCUUCCCUGGAAAGGCAGUGAGUAUUUUUACAAGAGCUACCAGGUCCUAACCUGUAAUCAAGAUGUACUCAGUGAGGACAUCUCGGAUGUCCGUUACAACAUAGAUGGAGCUAAAAUCUCCAAGCCUGUUUUAGAGAGCAUGAAUAACUUUAGCAACAUCAACAAUGACUGCCGUCAGGUGCCGUUAAGACCUAGUUACUCAAGCAAAGAGCGGUUUGAGAAAAGGUGGGACAUCACCCAUUCAUUCAAGGCCGGUGUCAAGAUGACCUUCACUGGAGGAAUCCCUGGCAUAAUUUCUGGAAGUGUAGAAGUCGGCGGUGAGGUAUCAUUCCAGUUCUCAAGUGGACACACCAUUGUACAAGAGAAUGAGCGCUCUGUUUCUAUGGAAAUCACGAUCCCACCAAGGCACACCUGCACAGUCAGUUUGAUUGGAUAUAGGUCGCAGGGAAGGAUCCCUUUCACUGCAAGCCUCAGGCGCACUUACAGGAAUGGGCAGACCAGGUCAAUGUCCAUCUCUGGGACGUCCACUAUCAAUCAAGUUUCAAAUAUCCACAUUGAGGUGGGAAAUUGUGAACCUAUUCCUGGCACCAUGCCCUGUGUCUGAAAUAAUAGGUGAAGAGGCACCAUAAGAUACAAUAUCUGACACAUUGUAUGUCAAUUGUAUGCUUUAAUAUACUUUAUUCUCAUUAAGAAAAUAAAAGUAUUUGGAUUUGAA